CUAUAUUUUGGGCUUAUUUUUGUUCACAACAAGAAAUAUCAGCUAGAAUUACGAUUUGUCGGUAGCAGUGAAAACAUGCAGUUGAAAAUGCUGUAGACUAUAAAAAUACAAUGAGCUUCUACGCCUGGUGGUUAAAUCGACUUGUGGAUGCUUUGUUAACAAGAGAAGAGAUUGGAGGGAACGGGUACUUCUUUGGUACCAGCAAAGAUUAUAAUCAUUAAUCACUGCAAACUUUUGAAGUCUUUACUAAAGUACUUCAUACGAGAAAAAGCAUUCUAUGCUUUUUAAGAAAAACGUGGCAUAUAGUCUGCCAGCUUCAUGUUCAUCAUGUUCGAUCUGUCAACAGCCUAACUGAAUGAGCGCGAGCCACUUCUCUCAAUCAAAAAAUCAACGUAUGACGCUGGCGUCCAACGUAUUGUAAAAAUUCGACAAGUCCUUUUGUAAAUUUAUUGUGAAAAUUGUUUUGUAACUAUCGACAUUGCUGCUUCGUCGCGUUUCGCUAACUUUGCUAAACAAAAUAAAAAUAUUAAGCUCUCAAAUGGUGGACGUUUGAACGGUUAGAGUGAAGAACAGAUGCUGGCAAUCCCAAGGCCGAGACCAAUGAAAUUAGAUCUAAGCUGUAUCCCUCAACAAGAAACUCCUCCACAUUCAUUAGAUGAGAUUGUACCUACGCAGGUAUUGACAAACCUCCAUAUUGGAGAAGAGAUUGGCAGCGGAGGGUUUGGUACAGUAUAUUGUGGCUUUCUUAAAAAUGAAAGAGUUGCAGUGAAGAAAUUAAGGUCGAACACUAAAACAGAAGAACUAGUGUGGAGUAGUUUUUUGGCCGAGAUGCGAGUGAUGCAAUGGAAUCAUGAAAAUAUUAUCAAGGUUCUUGGAGCUAUGAUGUUGAAAAAUGUUCCAUGUUUGGUAAUGGAGUUUCUACCUGGCAGAAAUCUUCAUCAGUUGAUCGAAUGUCAAGACGAAAUAUUUCUCCUUGCUCGUCGCGUGAGUAUUACCUCUGCAAUAGCGUCGGGCCUCGAGUAUAUUCACAAUCAAGGAAUUGUUCAUCUUGAUAUCAAACCUGCAAACCUGCUCAUGAAAGAUCAGUGGUCCUGUAAAAUUGCUGAUUUCGGUUGUUCUCUCAAAGUAGAGGAACUUGAAGACGACCCUCGACCGAAUUUUUACUUAACUGGUACGCAUGCGUAUAAAGCACCAGAAUUACUAUUGGGUGAAUUUCCAACAACCCAAGCUGACAUGUAUUCUUUGGGUGUAUGUAUGUGGCAGAUGUUGGCACGUGUUGAGCCAUACACUGGCGAGGAUCCACAGUUGGUGUUAUUUGGAAUAGCCACGAAUACAGUGAGACCAAAAAUUCCAGCGGUUAUUCCUGAGUCUGAGCUUACAUACAAAAAUUGGUUUGAAAAUUGUUGGCAAGGUUUACCUAAUGAUCGACCAACCUCGUCGUCUUUGCUCAUCGAAUUGAAGAAAACAGGAUUUUAAGGGAAAUUGAUACAAACCAUUUUGCAAUACCUGUGGAUGUGGAGAAGACAUUCAAUACAUUUGUUACAUAUUUGCCAACAGGUUGAAUUUUAGACUGCGUUGGUCAAAUCUUAUAUUGUAUUGUAACCGUUAAGAAGAUUAUGCAUGUAACUUUUUUUGAGUCGUGAAAAUUAAAAAGUUGGUUAAAAUCAUA